UUGAGUAACAAAAAUAAAAGAAAUAUUUAUUUCAUCUUUCAUAAUGUUUUUCGAAAAGAAGACACACAUGACCAAUUUUGCUUUGUCAAGCAAAUGGGCUUUACAUCACUUUUCUUGUUCUUUCCAUCUCCAUUCUAAUUAAAGACAUUUUUCUUUAUUUUCAGCUAAAGGGUUUUGUUUUUUCAAAAAUAUAUAUAAAUACAAUAGAUUAACAUUACUAUUACUGAAGUGAGUAAGAAUUAGUGAAGAAAAAUGUCAGCUGGAGAAUCCAAUGGAGUUCACGCAUCAAUGCAAAACAUGGGAUCACCUUUUCCUACCGAUGGUACCUCAACGUACAACCCUUUAAUGCAACCGAUUUCCUCUUCGACUUCUCUGUCGCCGCCGUCUUUUCUACUUCACGCCGCCGGAGUUCCCGGCGAACCUCCCGUCAACACCACAGCUCCGCUCGGUAUGAACUCUGCCUCAACUGAACCUGCUAAACGGAAACGCGGAAGGCCGAGGAAGUAUGCAUCGGAGGGUCCAACGAUUUCUCCUCCGCCGUCGGCGUCUCAGGUGGCCGGCGGUGGAUUUUCGUCGCCUACGCCGCCGCAAGCGGUGGAAGCGGUGGUGAAAAAGGGUAGAGGGAGACCACCUGGUUCUGGAAGAAAGCAGCAAGUAGCUGAUUUAGGAUCGGAAGCAGCAGGGUUUGGAUUUAGACCUCACGUUAUCUCAAUAAAAGCUGGGGAGGAUGUAUUUGCAAAACUAAUGUCAUUCUCCCAAAGUACCUCAAAAGCAAUGUGCGUUCUGUCAGCCAAUGGUUCCAUAUCUAAUGUAUCACUUUGGCAAGCAGCAACUUCAGGUGGAACUGUAACAUAUGAGGGACGGUUCGAGAUCCUAACACUCUCUGGUUCCUUUUUUAUCUCGGAAUCUGGUGGUCAACGCAGCAGAACAGGUGGUUUGACUGUGUCACUAGCUGGACCAGAUGGUCGAGUUUUGGGCGGCGGUGUAGCAGGGCUCCUUACAGCAGCAGCCGCAGUUCAGGUUAUUGUUGGUAGCUUCAGCACGAAGGGACAGAGGCAGCUGAAGCCAGGGAAUUCAGACGCAUUUGGUACACCAGCAACGUUUGUCUCUGGAGCAUCAGCGGCCAGAAGUCCUCCAUCACUUGGAACCGUAAGCGAGUCUAGCGGUGGACCUAUCAGCCCUCAUAAUCAGUUUGUUGAAACUUCAAACGGUAGCCCUUCUGGAGUUGGUAACUUGCCCUGGAGAUGAGAGAACCUCAUAAUAGGAAUGCUGCUUUUCUUAUUUCCAGACUUCAUGUUGAUAAUAGCCCCCCUCAACUAUUGGAAAGCUGUGUAGUUUGUUUACUUAGUAGUAAAUGUUUCAUUAUUCCAGUAUGAUCAUGGUUAAAUGUUUAUACCUUACCGGCCUACAAUGUGAAAACAUGCAAAAGAGUUAUGUGGUUUGUUGCUCUAAAGAGGUUACAUGAUGCUAUCAUUUUCCAUAGAAAA